AUGACAGUCGACCCAAAGGAAUCACGGCGGCCCAUGCCGGGGCUGUUGCCUUUGUUCACUGCCGCCAUUGAUGCAGUAGGCACAUGUCCGUUCCCGAGAGAAGAAGUGCUGGUCAAUAUCUGCAUCGACGAAAAGGCUUUUGAAAGAGAACCUCCCCUGGCGCCUAGCAACUCAUUCCAGGUCAUGCGGAGCCAGCCAAACACGCUGCUAAAAUACGUUGAUUCGAAGUUCAGAAUGACCACUAUCCAUAGACUGGCCAUGCUAUAUCUGAAUGACGUUGUACUCCGAGUCCCGAAAAAGACGGUGGAUUGGAACUCGGAUCCCGGCCAGGACCUAUCAGAGUCCAUCAGUACUGAAAUCGCAAUCCUCAAGAAUGAGCAUCUUCGGAAACACGAGAACAUCAUCGACAUGGUUGGUAUCUGCUGGAGUGUAUACAGCGACCGCAUUGUGAUGCCUGUUCUUGUGCUGGAGACGGCCCAAGGCGGCGAUUUAUGGAGAUAUCUUCAGAGUUCGACGGAGCUCGAUGCGAGGGACAAACUGCGUCUAGCCAUCCAUUGCUAUCAAGGCUUACUUGCUCUUCACACUGUCGGUGUCAUCCACGCAGACCUGAAGCCAGAAAAUAUCCUGGUGUUCAUCGACGAACAAGGCAGACCAUGCGCAAAGCUUACCGAUUUUGGCUGCUCCCUUCUUGUUUCCAACCUACACGGACCAACCAAGCUCGAAUCAGGAACUCCUUUGUGGCAAAGUCCCAAAGUCUUGGAGUCCCUCGGCCAUCAAGGUCUCCGUCAAGCUGAUAUCUAUUCUUUGACGCUUGUCGCAUCACUUCUAUUAGUUGGGCCUUUCAUGUAUACGGUGCUUAAAGAGGCGCACGAGUCAGAUGAUGGCAAAGAGUCACUGCAUAAACUCAAAUCUGAGGAUGGGUCUCUCGCAAGCUUUAUCAGAAUGCAGAAGGAUACUAAUGACUCGUCGGGCGCACGUGUCUUCACAGACGAGACAUCAGGUCUCAUCUCUGAGUUCUUCGAUUUCAUGCUCUCCAACGAGGAUGAGCUUCAAAUUGGAGCCGCAUUACCCGUCAAGCUACUGAGGACUAUGCUUCACCAUGAGAUUACAUCUGCCACUAAACACAAUGUCCAAGUCUUUGAGACUUUGGAUAGGCUUGAAGAAAACGCCUAUCUCAGCCCUGGUAAGCGCCCCGCCGUCUCUAAAUCAGUAGUAAAGAUUUCUAACUCAACACAGGUAACAGUGUAUCAUUUGGUGAAGCUGAGAACGUAA